GUCAUCUUCAAACCAGUGCCAACCACAUUAAACAACGAAAUAAAAAUAUAUUUAUAAAACAAUAUGUCUUUCUCGGGUGUUAAAGUUGCUCCUGAAUGCUUGGAAGCCUUCCAAGAACUCAAGUUAGGCAAGAACCUUCGUUACAUUGUCUUCAAAAUGAAUGAUGCAAAGACUGAGAUUGUUGUUGAUAAAAAGAGCACCGAAAAGGACUAUGACACUUUCCUUGGUGAAUUGCCCGAGCAAGACUGCCGUUAUGCCGUCUAUGACUUUGAGUAUAACUUGGGCGAAGGUCUUCGCAACAAGAUUGUUUUCAUCAGUUGGUCUCCUGAUGUCUCUCCCAUCAAAUCCAAGAUGGUUUACUCUUCUUCCAAGGAUACUCUCCGCCGUGCCUUCACUGGUAUUACUACUGACAUUCAAGGCACUGAUUUUUCCGAGGUUUCCCAUGAAACUGUGUUGGAAAAGGUUACUCGUAAGUAAGCUAAUCAUAUGACUUUCUUUCCUACUUUUUGGCUUGCUUUUUUUUGCUUCCUCAGUGCCCUCAGUUGCAUGAGAGUCUGUCCGUUUUGUUUAUAUAUGCCUCCUAAAUUUUUGACGCUCCUUGAAUGACUUUUACGCUGUAGAAAUCGUUAUCAUGUCACGAAUUGACGUUGCAAGCUUGCUUCUUUCGUCUUGCUUUCUUGUCGUUUCCUCCUUUUUGUGAAAAAGUCUAUACUGCGGCUUCUUCUUUCAAUGAUAUCGUAAAUUACGAGUCUUACUGAUCACCAUGGGUAAUGAUCUUGUCUUUUAUUUUCUUUUAAGAUUAUGCUAUUGAUGUCGAAGACAUAAAGCUAUUUAACUUCCACGUUUGGGUUUUGAAAGAAAGUAGCCGAUACUUAUGCAACUAGUUACUCGAUGAAUGUAAUGAAAAGAAAGUUUAGCCAUUUAGUGGAACUCUUCCAAAGUUGUUUCUAGUCUCCUAUGCAUUUGCUGUGGAAGUUAUUUCUUUUCUCCUCACACGUUUUAUGAUUUUAUGUUAUUUUACUCACUUAAAGUAAUGUUUCUGAACACCAUUAGCUAGUAGCAAGCACAUAAACUGAGGAAAAGGUAAAUUCCUUUCUUCAAGGCUGCUUUUAUAGUCUGUUUAAAAGGAAUAUAUGUUUGUUAACGAACUACAUGAAACCACUAUAAUGUUGACCCAACGAGAGCACACU